AUGGCCUCCCAGGCAGACUACAAGGACCGGCAAUUCCUAGCCGUUAUCGGCGACGAGGACUCAGUGACAGGCCUGCUGCUGGCCGGCAUAGGCCAUGUGACCAACCCGCCGGACUCGCAAAAGAACUUCCUCGUCGUGGACGGCAAGACUGAGACGUCGGCGAUCGAGGCCGCCUUUGACUCGUUCACGACGGAGCGCAAGGACAUUGGCAUCGUCCUAAUCAACCAGCAUAUUGCCGACAAGAUCAGACAUCGCAUCGACACCUACACAGCCGCCUUCCCCACCGUUCUCGAGAUCCCCAGCAAAGACCACCCCUACGACCCGGAGAAGGACAGCGUGCUGAGGAGAGUGAGGAGGCUUUUUGGAGAGUAA